UGCUCGGCUCCAGCAGCAUGUUGGUAGCCAGUAGUUUACCGGAAGUGUUGUAACGCAACAGGAAACGCUUCCUUGUUGUGAAAACUCUGCCACCCACUCGAGAAUAACUCACGGUAUUAUUAUUAUUAAGUCUGUGGUUAAACGGCACAUCGGCAGAGGGGAGGUGGGGUGGAAGUCGAGGAGGGUGACCAUGCAGCGCAUCCUGAAUCACGGGACUCUGCGGCGUUUGGCAGCAGCACGCCCCCUACUGGUGGCCGUCGGCUUUCCUGAACCAACAGCAGCAUUUUGUUGCUGCGUCAUCCGUCCGUUGCCGCCGCCCACAGGCCGCUGCUGGUUGUCAUCCACAGCCUCCAGCAAGGCUGCACAUCAGCCAAAACACCAGGCACCACAGGGGGAGCCACAGUCCAGCUCCACACCUCAAACUCAGGAUGUCCAGAAAGAGGACGCCGGGCCUGAUGCAGUGGAGGUGGACCCCCUGCAGGACAAGUCCAUCGGUUUAGUCCAGAGGUUUAAGAGGACCUUCAAGCAGUAUGGGAAGGUGAUGAUCCCUGUGCAUCUCGUCACGUCCUCAGUCUGGUUAGGAACCUUCUAUUACGCUGCUAUGAAAGGUGUGAAUGUCGUGCCCUUCCUGGAGAUGGUUGGUCUCCCAGAGUCACUUGUCGGCCUUUUGAGAAACUCUUCGAGUGGCUACGCUCUCACGGCGUACGCCAUGUACAAGAUUGCGACCCCUGCUCGAUACACAAUGACUCUAGGCGGCACGUCGCUGUCUGUGCAGUAUCUCCGUAAGCACGGCUACUUGUCCACACCGCCGCCGGUCAAAGAAUACAUCCAGGACAAAAUGGAGGAGACAAAGGAGAGAUUUUCAGAGAGAAUGGAGGAAACUAAAGAACUCUUCUCUGAGAAAAUGGAAGAGACUAAGGACAAGCUCUCUGAGAAGCUGCAGGAAACCAAAGACAGAGUCACAGAGGGCAAAUCGUUUUUUAGGAAGAAAAACGAGUAGGGCAUCCCAUUGGUUGGUGGGGCCGCUGAAUACGGGAUCCUGUUUUGAUCUCAACGAGUAAUCAGUAACAGACGGUACUUGUAAGACUUUUCUGAGAGAAGAGAGAGAGAGGGACUUCCCUUGUCCUAAAACUUCAACUCACACAUUUCAGUUGUCAACUGUGGUCGAUGUUUGGUGUCAAAUUCAGUCCCUAAUUGUACAAACACAGUGCACUGCAAGCGUAGACUAGACAGCAGCUUAGCAGACUGCUGGCAAAGCCAGUCUGGCUCAUUCAGCUCAGACUGGCUUUGUAUGGGAGAGAGCAGUACUAAGAUUUCUGGUUGUUAUGAAAAUAAAACUUGAAGCUCACGGUUGGUUACCUGUGUGUUCCAUCAAAGCCUUUCUGAAAGGCUGGGUAUCACUGCGUGUCUUUUCUAAUGGGAUGAGAAAGAAAUUUAAGUUUUUAUAAUGUAUUUUUAUCCUGAAGCUCAGGCUAAUAUAUUUCAUUAUUUGCGUGUCUGUACCACUUCUUGUUUUGAACUGAAAGUUACAGAAAGUCAGGAUGGAGUCCCCAUGCAUGUAACAGCAAACAGUCCGUCAUACAUUGUGCAGCAAGUGCAGCUGCACUAGGCCCGUUGUGGCCUUGUUCAGGUCCACCUGCGACCAUGUCCACCUAUCCACAGGUCCUCGUGUCCACCUCUCACAGUGGGCCAGAUGAAAGGUCUUUGUGUACUGAAUACACAAAUAUUCUUUUCAGUAAUUCAAAUGGACAACUGGUUAAAAUCACGACUGAAUAAAGUGAAUUGCUAAUCACCCAA